AUGGAUUCAUGCUGGCCGCAAACGCACCAUGUUGGUUUACUCAUGGUGCAGCUCAAAUGAGUUUAAAUAGUCCGAGUCAGCGUAUUAGUGUAAAACCUGCAUACUGGCGCAUUUAUUGUAACACUCACUUCAUGUACUCACUUCAUGUACUGUGAAUAACAGUGUAUUUUAGCUUUGUUAUUUUGACAUUUCUAUCAUGAGUGUUAAUAUAUACGUGUCAAAGCGAAGCUAUAACUGGUCGGCUAUUCUUAAUACUUAGCUAUGUAAGAAAAGGACUAUAUGGAAUAGAAACAAGAAUUUGAAGACUAAACCAAGCUUUGAUGAAAAAUGGAUGCAGGAAGGCACCUUGCAUGCCGACAUGCAGCAGACAGAGACAAACAUGAAAAUAUGAACGAAAAGGAGGAUACUGAUCCACUUGGAAUAGCUUCUCUACUUUUUGGAUGCGAAGCGAACACCCCAACAGAAACAACCCCGAUCAUCAUUCCUUCCGGACAAGUUGACAGGAGCCAGUCUGUGUACUCUGAGACAUUGUCCUCCCGUUAUGGCACGAGUUUAAAUGCAGAAAUUAAACAUGAUUUAGAAAGAAUAUCGAGGCAAAUAGUAGACACAGGUGACCGUAUUUUAAAAGAUACCCGAUGUUGUAUAGCUGACUUGCGUCAUGAUGUAGAACAAAGGUUUAGAAGUUUAGAAUUCGGCGUUGGAAGGCUAAAGUCUACUGAAACAGAUGAAGACGAAGGAUAUAACACGAUUGAACUACUGACUGAUAGAACAAGGCUGGAAGAAAUACAGAACGCGUGCAAACAGAAGGAGAAGGACGUCAUGUCCUAUUUGGAAACAGGCGCUGUUGGCGGCACUGUCUGCACAGGAUAUGAAGUAAAUGACAGUGCUCCAGAAUGGAAAAUAGAUGACGAGUCAUGGGAGGCAUGCAUCAAAAAUAAAGACAGAAAAGAAGCACAGCGUUUGAUAUUUGAAAGAAUUCUCCUGACUCAAGAAAUGCUGCACAACGCUUCUAUUGAAUUUGGGAGGAAUUCUGAAACACUUAAGGCUAUUUGUGAUGAAAUACGCUUAUAUAUCAAAGCGCAGUCAAAAGAAAUUGCCAAUGUUUAUGCAGCUUAUAAAACCAUCCACAAUACACGUACCGAGGAAAGUGCGAUAGUAUUUGCAGCGAUCACAGCGACAAAAAUCCAAACGGUCAAUGCAUUUGAUUACAAUGUGGAACAAAUAUGCAUAGACGAAGUGAAUAAUUCACAGGAAAAUAAGGAUAUACAACAACGCGAAAACUCAAAUUCUGUGCCAGAAGAAAAAAUCAACAAAGCAGUAAGACGCAUGAAGCGUCAUUCACAAGGACUGAUGAAAAGACACAGUAACAUCACUCGUAUAUCUGUUAGUUGGAUAAAGUCUACAAGAUAUGGGCUAGCUGAUGCAGCAAUGACAAACGAGGUCUGCAUAUCUCUUUAUGUACCGAAAAAAGGUUUAAUUCCCAUCGACGAGGAACCCUUUCCAAAAAUAUUAAACGGUUUUUCUGUGGAUGUCAGAGAAGGAAUAUGCGUUCCAUUCCUUGGUUCGCAUGAUGUUCAUGAUACUGUAAAAAUGGGCUGCGCAAUAAGUGGACAAAGUUUUGCAGGGCAGUCCAAUAUAGGGACACUCGGUGGGUUCAUUGAAAUUGAAAAUGAAAUUUACUGUUUGACUUGUGCACAUGUGUUUGCUCAAAACCCAAACUUGAAAAACCUUCAACGCAAUGGUAUUUGGGCAGCAAAAUUUCCGGUAGAUGACAAUUCUGUUAACUACGUAUAUCAACCUACUCCGCCUUCGGAGCCAUUUGGUACACUGGUAAGAGCGGUAUUCAUCGAAGGAGGAGACGGCACUACUGGCGUUGACGCAGCUGUUAUUCAUGUUCGAAAACGCUUUCCAAAUUCAGGCAUAUUUCCUGAUGCAGCUAAUGACCGUGAAGCAGGGUUCGAUCAGGAAAAUCCUAUGACCUUCCAUUCAGGGAAAAUAUCACAAAGUCCUAAAAGAAUGGUUCUGGUUGUAAAACAUGGAAGCGCAAGUGGAAUAACAAAAGGAAGCUUUCGAUUACGUGGCAGCACCAUUAGGACAAACACUGCUCAAAACUGGGGAUUUAUGUUAUUUAACCAGUAUGAGAUCGAAUCAGUUGGUGAUACAAUGUUUGCUAAACCAGGUGAUUCUGGGGCAAUGGUUUUCGCUAUUGAAGGAAAUGAAUUGCUAGGAAUAGGAAUGGUUGAAGCUGGUAUGGGCAACAUCUGCUUAGUCACUCCUAUUUAUGACGUUUUUAGUGCACUAAAUAUACCGCGCCCUUUUAAAAUGAAACAGUUUAUGCAAGGUAACACAAAUACUGAUAUUCCAGUUAGCUGUGACAAAACUUCAGCGACAGAAAAUAGGAUAACACAGUCAGAACGUACAAAUGACCUAAAAGAAAGACUCGAUUAUAUGGAUCAAGCUCUUUCACAAGAAUUUGCACGACAGGCAAACGAGAUGAAAGAAGAAUUACAUUUAAAAGUGGACCAGCAAUUAUUAGAUUUAAAAACAGAAAUAAACGAAAAAAUUGAGAGUGAUAGAACGAAACUCCAGACAAAUAUUGAUCGAUCAAUGACAAGGUUAGAGGAGAAGAUGAAUGACAUGCAAAACAAAAAUCGCGACCACAUGCUACAGAUGAAGGAAUCGAUGGAAGAGAUGCUUGGUAAAUUCCUGUCCCAAAUUAAGCAAAAUAAGUAAGAGACUGUCACAUACAUCGUCAAUAUGAGGCAAACAAAUAUUUGCCAUCGUAAUAAACGUAACAAUCACAUACGUUGUAGGGAUCUUAACUGUUUACCAGAAAUAAAAAAAAACAACUAAUAAAUGACUGACUAUAUUUGCUAAGGAUAAGAACUUUAAAAAAAGUCCACCUAAUUUGUAUUUUGUUUCAGUUCUAUAUAUUAAAUACGACACGUGUAUCACUUUGGGAUGGGAUCUGGGAAAGCGACACAAGGGAGCUUAACACUUAAAUGUGAAUGUUGAUUUUGUUUAACAAAUAUUUUUGAAAUACUUCUUUAAAUAUCGAGAUAGAUCUUUUUCAAGGUCAAUUUAACUUGACGUUUGACAUUAAAGUUAAGGUCAUUCAAUUUUCCACCUCAUCUUAGAAGAAAAGGGGAAAACUGUUUCGCUUAUAUCAGACAGUUGGUUUAUCGGUCGUUCGAUUCGACUGUAGGACAUUUGGUCUCCCAUAAUAUAUCAAAUUUCUUACGAUUAUUGCGUUUUCACUUAAUGAUUUCCAUGACUUUUUCUGUCAGUACCUAAUAGUCACGAUCUCACAGACUUAUAUCAAACUUGGUCCUGUAAAUGGCAAACUACCUUGCAAGUGGUCACUUAAUGACUGCUAUUGUUUAGGCGAUCACUAGCUCAAAGGUCAAGAUCACAGUGAUGAAAACGGUUUCUGUUUAAUUACUAAAAACGUUUCGGCAUACUGUCUUAAAGCUUCAUGCUAUCAGGAGAUGACCCUUAUUUUUCGUGGCCUGUUAGUAAGUUUCACAUUGACUUCGAAACAGUUACUGAAAAACGGUUUCUGAUCCUUUUUAAUAAGGCUUGGUCCCAUUUCCGACAAACACCACUCGAUGAUUGCAUGUGGUCCCUAAAUGACUCCUUUUGAUUUAGAGGCUAAUGUAUCAAAGGUAAUGGUCACACUGAAUUGAGACUGAAAUGGUUUCCUACCAAUAUUUUGAUCUAUGUUGGUCCUAUGGUCUACAAACGAUUGCCUAUGAUCAUUAAGGUCAAAGAUCAAAUUCACAGCAUAUUUCACAGACUGAAAAUUAUGCCUCUGACAUGCCAUCAUGUUCUUUAAAUUCGGAAGAGUCAUUAACUGAAUCCACUUGCACAGUUUAGGUUUACUUAUACAUUUAAUAGUGUUACUUUAACCUAACACAGAGUACUUUCUGCACGCGCACGCACGCACGUACAUAUGUUUGUUUUAUGUUUACAUGUAUACAUGUUUACAUAGACACUGUAUAGUAAUUGUUCAUUCAAUAUGAUGUCUUUAUUUGUUUUACUAUACACUCAAAAGGGUAUAUCGGAUUCAUCUUAUGGUUGGUGUGCCGGUAGGCCAAUCGGUUAGUCGGUCCGUUAUGCGAACGUUGUCCGCAUUUUUUUUCACAUUUUUAACGGCAUUCCCAGGAAACUUCAUAUCAUAUGAUCACUAUAAAGUGUAAAUGUACUUAACAUAUUUUUCUAAGGGCAUCCAUAGCCCUUCUAGUUUUUGUUUAUCAAUUUAGAUUCAUAUAGUCAAUUGAUAAAGGGCAAGGCCACUGGGAUUAUUCGGUGAUCCCACCAUCAAAUUUUGUUAGUCACAACAGCAACCUACAUUGUUUUCAUCUCUUAUUUUAAAGACGCUCGCUACAGUUUCAUAAUUUUUUUCUCAAUUAUAGAUUUUGAUGAAAUGUUCUGUAUUAAAAGAUCAUGCUAUGAUUUAUUGAAAAAUGAAAUAAAAAUACUAGGUCUCCAGCUUUGUUUCAAUCUAAUUUGCCCCUAGAUAUGUUGCUAUUUUAAACAUUUUUCAAAAUUUCUAUACUCCUAAAAUAUAUUUCAGUAAAGUACAAUAGCCGGCAUAAAUUUGAUAUCUAAGCAUUUUAUAACGGAAAACAAUAUAUCUAUUUGAAACAUGCUCAGAGAAAUCAAAAGAAAAUGAUUUUGUAAAGAAAGGAAUACUUGUUCAGCAGACCCAAGGGCUAUUUUUGCAUAUUUUUGUCAAUUUUAAGUUGGUUCUUCUGCUAUUUUGUCGAGUUUCACAUAAUAGAAUUUAAUCAAACUCUGCAUAUACCUUUGGUUAUGUCUACCUAAUCUAAAAAUAAAAAGAAAAUUGAUAGGUCACCAUAUGAGAUUUCGCUUAAAUCAAAUUACAACGAGGUGGGUUGAGGCGGGCAUUUAUAAAACGCAGGUUGGUACGAAAUUCUCUUUCAGUCUUUGAGCAAAUGACUUAGAGAUAUAUCAAAUUAUCAAACGGCAGGUUUCUUAAUAAGCGGAUUUCAAGGUGUUUCUGAAGUAUUUUGAUGUCCUAGAACGAUGUAUGUUUCAGCCUUUCUCCGAACAAAACCUAUAGUUUACGAAUACGGAUGUACGGUAUGGGUACGGUGCGGGAUUAGAAACAGCUGUGACUCAAUGCAGAGUUGGAGCGCCGGUAUAAAUUACAGACUCCAGUAUAUGCCGGAUUGAAGCAAUUUAAACUAAAAGUACUUUAAAUGUAUAUAUUUUGUAACCAUGGUGAUACUAACUCUAGUCAGUAUAUCAUACAUAUUAUACACUAAAUGCAUGCGAACAUGCAAUAAUUUUCGCAUUUUUGCCGCCGUACGCGACAUUAGAUAAUCACUUCCGGGCAUGCGCAGAAGACCGCUCCAACUCUGCAAUGAGCUACAUCGGUUAGAAACACAACCAAAUUGGCAAGGUGUUGGGGUAAAUAUUGACCCGCCUAAAAAAACUAUCGCGAGCGUCUUUAAGUUAUCUUUUUAGAAACUUUACCCGUGGUGUGUAUUUCGGAUGUAUUUCCCCCUCUAAUGGUACCAUUUUACUUAUGUAUUUUUUAAAAUAUACAUUCAUGUACACGAUGUACAAAAUAAAAUAAAAACAGAUGUAGGUUUUGUUUCAGGGACAGCAGUCGGAGCACAAUGAUACAUAGCUCUGGAAACUUUUUCUUAAUUCCGCUUUUCCAAAACAUUAUGUGUAAAUAGCACUGAAAUUUGUUUCGUCUUAAUUCAUUACUAGCUAUAUUUGUAUGACUAUUAUAGAAUUGCUUGUACAUAUGCAAAAAUCUGUGCAAUAUUUGUCUACUCAUGUUGGUAGCGUAAAUAACAUUUUCAUGUACCACUUAUUUUUCAUAAAUUUUAUAUUUGUAGUGAUCUGCAGUCAACUACAGUAGGCAAUAAUUGCAAAUGUCUACUUUUCAUGUCUAAUGAAUGAUUGCUAUAAUUGUCUUUGCAGUUGAUAAUGUACAUUUAACACAAAUUGCAUUUCUCAUGUACAAUUUGCAGCUUCCACACUUUGUAUUGUUUUGUAUACUUGUAAAAGUCAACAACAGUAAAGACUUGAUGAAAAUAAUAACAUAGUAUGCCUUAUAAAUACUAUCUAAAUUUAUUAUAUAAAUUACAUUUUCUGAUAAAGCUUAUCUGCUCAUCAUUUUGUUUUGUUUUAUAGACCUGUUUAAACAACCGUAGUCCAUAUUUAUUUCAAUGUUUUAGUUUCAUGACUAAUAAAUCAUUUCUUUUCAACUGUGUCAAGAUCAAGUUUGGCGGCCACCCUCAAUACAGCCCAUGUAUCAUUCCGCGUAUUGAUGCUAGAGUGGCAUUUAACGGAUUCGGGGAUAAUACAUGGUUUUCUGUCCAAAUCAAAGCAAUGUCACAUGACCUCUCGUGGGAACUAUGAUUUUAGUAGUCAGAUAUGUUUCUGAAGGCAUAGUUCAAAUCUGUGAUUGUGGUUAUUAUUUCAAUUAAUGUAUUGUUAAUUUAUGCUUUUAUAAGCACUGUAGAGCAAUUGUUUAUGAUACAUGAAGCAUAACAAAUUAUAUAUAUAUUUGAUAGAAUAAUUCCUUCUUUAAUUGUUCAUUUUUGUCAAUUGUGAUUUAGAAUAAAAACUUUUUUAUAGAGAAUUACAGGAUGUACUUGUGUUUU